AUGGACGCUCCUCAAAGUCUGUGUCCUGGCUACCAGCAGGUCGAAUCAUUUGGGCAGGAUGAUAUAUAUGAGGACGAAGAAGUUUUUUACGUUACACUGGAUAUGGGAAAUGUGGAACCGACACUUGUUCCAAGUUCCACAUCGUACAGAUUAAUCGGUUUGGAUACUCCAACGCCUUAUAUUCAACUUCAGGGUACCAUUUUGAAGGGGAGACACGAUUUGCUUCUAGGGACGGAAAUGAUAUUUACUGAUGAUAAGGAAAGCCACGAUUGGAAUACCAGAUCGGUUGUACAUGUUGGCAAUACCGAACAACGCGUGGCAUUUCAGGAAGUCACCCUGAUUCCCAAAAUACCUGCCACAGCCAACGAGGUGGCCAAUAUCAACAUGGAACCCUCAACUGAGGAGCGUACUGCCCAGAUCGAUCGCAUGACAGGUCUGUCUGGGCCUCCUCCUCGUGCUUCUCGAUCUAGAAAGUCGACUGCAAGCGGAAAGGCUAGGAGUAAAGGGAAAGAAAAGGCCAAGGAGACUGCAACCAGUAGCUCGUAUGCGACUCGGUCUUCGAAAGGCAAGGAAAAAGAGGUGGCCCCGCCGUUGGAUGACAUGCUUACUAUGGAUGCUACCCAUGAUGACGAUGAAGAUACUGACGAUAUGUACGUGGAUGAAUGA